UUUGGCUCUGGGAGGUCACAUGUUUCAGGGUCUCCUUUGUUUUGAGUUGAGCUGGAACUUGGAAAGAAAAAGAAGAGAGUGAUCGAAAGACGGAGGAGGAGGAAUCGCCGGGAUCUCUUUCUAUUUCCGAUCUGAAAAGCGACUCACAGUGUCUAGAAGAAGGCAUUCUUCAGUGUUUCUCCAUGAUAUUAUAAACAGCUGGUGCAACAAUGGUACUAAUAUUGGGUCGCAGAUUGAACAGAGGGGACAGCAGGGCUCAGGAAUCCCCAGUGACAAAGCGUAAAGUUUUUGAAAUGGACCCAAAAUCCUUAUCAGGUCAUGAGUUCUUCGAUUUUUCUUCUGGAUCAUCCCAUGCUGAAAGCAUACUCCAGAUCUUCAAUGAAUUUCGUGACAGUCGCUUGUUCACAGAUGUAAUAAUCUGUGUCGAAGGUAGAGAAUUUCCCUGUCAUCGAGCUGUUCUUUCUGCCUGCAGUAGCUACUUCAGAGCUAUGUUUUGCAAUGAUCACAGAGAAAGCCGGGAAAUGCUGGUAGAAAUCAAUGGAAUUUUUGCAGAAGCCAUGGAUUGCUUUUUACAAUAUGUAUAUACAGGCAAAGUAAAAAUCACAACAGAGAAUGUGCAGUAUCUGUUUGAAACAUCAAGUCUCUUUCAGAUAAGCGUUUUGCGUGACGCUUGUGCUAAGUUUCUGGAAGAGCAGCUGGAUCCUUGCAACUGCUUAGGAAUCCAGCGUUUUGCUGAUACACAUUCUUUGAAAACCCUGUUUACCAAAUGCAGAAAUUUUGCACUGCAAAAUUUUGAAGAUGUGUCUCAGCAUGAAGAAUUUCUUGAACUUGGAAAAGAUGAACUUAUUGAUUAUAUAUGUAGUGAUGAACUGGUAAUCAGUAAGGAGGAGAUGGUUUUUGAAGCAGUCAUGCGCUGGGUAUACCGGGCUGUUGAUCUCAGACGUUCAAUGCUACAGGAACUUCUCACACAUGUUAGACUGCCUCUAUUACACCCAAACUACUUUGUUCAGACAGUAGAAGUUGACCAGUUGAUCCAAAACUCUUCCGAGUGUUAUCAACUUUUGCAUGAAGCAAGAAGGUACCAUGUACUUGGAAAUGAAAUGAUGUCACCAAGAACUCGGCCAAGAAGAUCAACUGGCUAUUCUGAAGUGAUAGUUGUUGUCGGAGGCUGUGAACGUGUUGGUGGUUUUAAUUUACCAUAUACAGAAUGUUAUGACCCCAUGACAGGGGAAUGGAAAUCAUUGGCUAAAUUGCCAGAAUUUACAAAAUCUGAAUAUGCUGUUUGUGCUUUGAGGAAUGAUAUUCUUGUUUCAGGUGGAAGAAUCAAUAGCCGUGAUGUGUGGAUUUAUAAUUCUCAACUAAACAUUUGGAUCAGAGUUGCCUCUCUAAAUAAAGGGAGAUGGCGUCAUAAGAUGGCUGUUCUUCUUGGUAAAGUUUAUGUAGUUGGAGGAUAUGAUGGGCAAAGUCGACUGAGCAGUGUAGAAUGUUAUGACUCCUUUUCCAAUCGAUGGACAGAGGUAGCAUCUCUAAAAGAAGCAGUGAGUUCUCCAGCUGUUACCAGCUGCGUAGGCAAACUGUUUGUGAUUGGCGGAGGUCCCGAUGAUAACACAUGCUCUGACAAGGUUCAAUCAUAUGAUCCUGAAAGUAAUUCUUGGCUUCUCCGUGCAACAAUUCCAAUUGCCAAGAGGUGUAUAACAGCUGUAUCACUAAACAAUCUCAUUUAUGUUGCCGGAGGACUCACAAAGGCAAUAUAUUGCUAUGAUCCAGUUGAAGAUUAUUGGAUGCAUGUACAGAAUACAUUCAGCAGACAGGAAAAUUGUGGGAUGUCCGUGUGUAAUGGCAAAAUCUAUAUCCUUGGUGGGAGACGAGAAAAUGGAGAUGCCACAGAUACUAUUCUUUGCUAUGACCCUGCAACCAGCAUCAUCACUGGAGUCGCAGCUAUGCCCAGACCUGUCUCAUAUCAUGGCUGUGUGACUAUUCACAGAUACAAUGAAAAAUCCUUCAAACUCUAAAAAGGAGGGGAGAUUCAAAGUGAUGAGUGGCAUGUUACAACCUGGACUGCAGAGAUUUUUGAGAAAAGGAAAGCACAUUUUCCAGUGGCAUCUGCAAAGAAAAACAUUAAGUGUAAAAUACAUUCAAAAACAAUGUAAAUAUAUCUAAUAACUAUUAUUCAAUGCUGCGUGAAAUGUUUUUUUCCUGAAAAUAACAAUUGUUUAUAUUACUGAUUGAAUCAUGUUCAGUUUUGUAUUAUUAAUUGAAACCUUAGUUUGUGGUGUGGAGCAGCACUUCGCAAGUAUUCAUGCCUGUUUUUACUGAUGUCUUCAUGUUUUCAUAUCUUUUUGUGGUAAGUAGUGUUAACUUUGCUUUUUAAGAUAAUUCAUAUACACAAACUAUGUUUAAAUUGUCUAAAAUGACAUGGCUUCAAUUGCCAAAUUGACUUCU